CGUAAUAUAUAUAAGCGGAACCUUUGAAAUGCGCUCUUGUUUGACCUCGGUGCUAGAAUCCUGAACUGUCAACAGGAACAGGCGGAGGAGCAGCAGCAGCGGCAGCCCUUGUUGCAAACGUUGGUAGUUUUAAAGUGCUAAUUCUCUUAUCGUUCGUUUUCGUAUUUUAAUAUUUCCCCAGUCCCAUUACAGGUCAGAAGAGAAGAGCCGGUAACCCGCAGGAGCUGCCACUGCGGUAUCCCUCCUGCAAGGUGGUGAUUAUGCGGCCGGGACGGCGUCUGUAACCCGGCUUUAACACAUCUCAGUUCAGGCUUUAGGGGCGCAUUCCUUGGAGUCUGUUUGGUACCGUGUUUCUGGGCCGUGAUGGAGCCCGGAGGAACUUCCGCUGACGUCCUCCUGCAGCGUCCCUGGCUUCCUGUGAGCAUCAGCGGCUGGCGGCUCCUCACUAAGAGCUGGUUUGGGGAAACGGCGUACCACAUCCUGCUGACAGACGUGCACUGUGUGUGGGAAGAGAGGAUGGACUCUGCAGCCCUCCAGAAGAGAGCACAGGAGCUGAACAGACGUUUGCGAGCCCCGGUCAAAGCGUUCUUCUCCCACCUGUGUGAAGUAGUCCAGCCCUGCCUGUCAGGAAGUGACGCACGGCCCGACAGGGAGGCUCAGAUCUCGCUGGCGCGGCAGGACGACGGAAACAUCAGCAUCAAGCUGAAGAGUGAGCUGGCAGGGCUGCCCUUCUACUGGGAGUUUCACUGCACCCCCGCCCCCGUCACUGUGGUGUGUGUUCAGCUGGUGCGCCCCCUGCUGGUGAUGAGCCACCUGCUGCAGCGGCAGGUGGAGCAGCUCGGAGGACUGCUGGGGAGGAAGGACGCAGAGAUCCAGGACUACAGAGAGAACGGAGCAACACUCAGCAGAGAGCGACUGCAGACGGACGUCUUUGAGGAGCAAACCUACAGAGAGGACUUCAUGUUGAAGACUCUUCCUCUGCUGUGUUCUGAGCAGCCGGACGCUCACGGCUUCAACGCCGACCUCCAACACCUGUACGGAGCUGUCGUCACCCGCGGAAACACACGGAAACGCAAACUGUCCGAGGAGCGCCCUGCUGAGGAGGACCAACCAGCCGCUGCCGGAAAAGAAGCAGACGUCCCCUCGUCUUUAGGUGGAUCCGUCACCAAUAGUGACGCGGGUCAAGAGGACGUGCAGGAGGACGCAGCCAGAGCCAAGAUGGCCGACAAACCCGCUGCAGUACAGCAGUCUCUGCCGGUAACGUCCAAAACUGCAGAGCGACCGUCCUCCAAACCAAAGAAGAAGAAAGUGGUGGGACUGUUCAGAUGAGCCGAGCAGUAGGGACGCACACUCAGACCACUACUAA